CCAUUCUUUAGUUAAUUCUCUUUCUCAGAGCUUCCAGCGAAUUCCUCUCUGAGGCCGACUAUAAAUAUAAGCGCUCACGGAAUCUGCUCCAUAAUACUGAAUUUGGUGUAAUUAAUUCGAUCCUCAAUUGGCAUGGAGAAAUCCGUGAUUGUAGUUGGUGUUGACGACAGCGAGAUCAGCUACCACGCUUUGGAAUGGACUUUGGAGCAUCUGUUUCCUCCUGCGAUUCAGAACACUCCUUUCAACCUCGUCGUCGUGCACGCCAAACCUCAAGCGGUUAUGGCAGUCACCCUCGCUGGCCCUGGUGCUGCUGACGUGAUACCUUACGUGGAUAGAGAUUUGAAAGCAAUAGCAGGCAGAGUAGUGGAAAAGGCUAAACAAAUGUGCUCAGCUCAUUCGGUAAAUGAUGCAAUUUUAGAAGUUGAGGAAGGCGAUGCCCGAAACAUUCUGUGUGAGGCUGUGGAGAAGCACCGUGCAUCUAUGUUGGUUGUGGGCAGCCAUGGCUAUGGAGCUAUAAAGAGGGCUGUUUUAGGCAGUGUUAGCGAUUACUGCGCCCACCACGCACACUGCACGGUCACCAUUGUUAAGAAGCCCUCUAAAACCAAGCACUGAGGAUCACCUCACUCACCAUCUACUGCUACCUACUCUCCUAUCCUAAGGUAAGUCAAUAAUGGAGUAUUAUUUAAUUAUAACCACAAUAAUAUGUCGUCUGUCUUGUCUUAUAUACGGGCUAUGGCAUGCAUGUUUUAACAUCAUCGUA